AUGGCCAGCAAGAAAGUGAUUGCCGUGUUUGGUGCAACACGUGCUCAAGGAGGCUCUGUGGCCAGGAGCCUUUUGGAUGGCAAGCAUUUUGCAGUGAGGGCAUUGACCAGAGAUAUGACUAAACCCAGUGCCCUGGCGCUCAAGGAUCUUGGUGCUGAGGUGGUGAAAUGUGAUCUGGAUGACGAAGCAUCUUUAGUGGCAGCUUUAAAAGGUGUCUAUGGAGCCUUCCUGGUGACCAACUUUUGGGAAUAUCUCGACCAAGAGAGGGAAGUGCAUCAGGGGAAGCUGAUGGCAGAUGUUGCCAAGCACCUCGGUCUGAAACACGUGGUGUUCAGCAGCCUGGAGUACGUCCAUAAGCUAACUGGGGGCAAACUGACCGUGCCACACUUUGAUAGCAAAGGAGAGGUGGAGGAGUACUUCUGGUCCAUUGGUGUCCCCAUGACCAGCGUCCGUGUGCCACCUUAUUUUGAGAACUUUCUUGGUGUGUGGAAACCUGUGAAGGCCUCUGAUGGAGACUACUACACUUUGAAGCUGCCCAUGGGGGAUGCACCGUUGGAUAGCAUCUCCUUUGUGGAUGCUGGAAUCAUCAUGUCUGACAUGUUUAAUUCUCCGGAGGAGUUCAUAGGCAAGACUGUGGGCCUCAGUGCAGAAGCACUAACAAUGCAACAAUAUGCUGACAUUUUGGCUAAGAAUUUGGGGAAAGAUAUCCGAGAUUCAAAGAUCACCCCAGAGGCUUUUGAGAAGAUGAGCAUCCUUGGAGCAAAGGGAUUAGCCAAUAUGUGUCGUUUCUUGCAAAAGAGGCCAGACCGAAAUAUUGAGCUUACCCGCCGUCUAUACCCUAAAGUCAAAAGCUUCCAACAGUUUGUCUCCGAGAACCUGGAAGCCUUCAAGAACGUCUAG